CCCCAGGGACAACGGGGUGCUCUGUCCCCGCCGCCCCUUUGCUAGGAGCCCCGUGGGUGCUGAGGACCCUUCCCCCCCCCCCUUUUCUUUUUUUCCUGCCGGGCGCGCUGCUGCCCCGGCCGCCGCCGCUGAGCGGUGCCAUGUGGAGCGGGCGCUGCUGGCUGCUGCUGGCGGCGCUGGGCUGGCUGCUGCCGGCGGGGGCCGGGGCCAGCGGCGAGUACUGCCACGGCUGGCUGGACGCGCAGGGCGCCUGGCGGGACGGGUUCCAGUGCCCGGAGCGCUUCGACGGCGGGGACGCCACCAUCUGCUGCGGCAGCUGCGCCUUGCGCUACUGCUGCUCCAGCGCCGAGGCCAGGCUGGACCAGGGCGUGUGCGACAACGACCGGCAGCAGGGGGCAGACGAGCAGGGCCGGCCGGACAAAGACGGCCCGGAUGGCGCGGCAGUGCCCAUUUAUGUGCCAUUCCUUAUAGUUGGAUCUGUUUUUGUUGCCUUUAUCAUCUUGGGAUCUCUAGUAGCAGCUUGUUGCUGCAGAUGCCUGCGACCCAAGCAAGAGCCACAGCAGAGCCGAGCACCUGGAGGUAAUCGGCUGAUGGAGACUAUUCCCAUGAUUCCAAGUGCCAGUACCUCCCGUGGUUCAUCCUCUCGUCAAUCAAGUACUGCUGCCAGCUCCAGUUCCAGUGCCAAUUCAGGUGCCAGAGCCCCCUCUACUAGGUCACAGACCAACUGCUGUUUGCCAGAAGGGACCAUGAAUAAUGUCUAUGUCAACAUGCCUACUAAUUUCUCAGUACUGAACUGCCAGCAGGCUACCCAGAUUGUGCCACACCAAGGGCAGUAUCUGCACCCACAGUAUGUAGGUUAUGCCGUCCAACAUGACUCUAUGCCUAUGACCCCGGUGCCACCUUUCCUGGAUGGUCUGCAAAGUGGAUACAGGCAGAUUCAGUCUCCCUAUCCCCAUGCCAAUAGUGAACAGAAGAUGUACCCAGCAGUGACUGUGUAACUUAAAAAAAAAAAUCACGUAUUUUAGCACCUAAGCCGAGCAGAGGAGAAAUACUUUUGGAAUGAAGCUUGUAGAACCUCAUUUGUAAAUAAUUUUGAAAGACUCAUGCAUGUCAGACAGGUUUCGUAGUAGCAGCUGUGUUAGUCUGUAUUCGCAAAAAGAAAAGGAGUACUUGUGGCACCUUAGAGACUAACAAGUUUAUUAGAGCAUAUGAAGUGAGCUGUAGCUCACGAAAGCUUAUGCUCUAAUAAAUUUGUUAGUCUCUAAGGUGCCACAAGUACUCCUUUUCUUUUUGCAUGUCAGACAAUGUUUUUAAACCAUUUCUCUACAUUGGAUUCAGUUGCCAAAAACUGUGUAAUGAUAUCUUUAAAUUACCAUUUCCAGAUAUGCUUCCAUUCCAGUUCAUGAUUAAUAGUGGCAAUGGAUUAUGCUGAAGAUGCAUAUGCAUUUCAGAUAACUGUGUGUGAGAGAUGAAUGCAUGAGCCAUUCAGUGCCCUUCAGGUAUGGCACAGUCAAAGCAUUUGGCUACUUCAUAAAAAGAGUUUUGUUACACUGUACAAGAUCACAGUAUUUAAGAAACCGCUCAUCCCCUCCUCUCUCCCAACUCCUUUACAACGUUUCAUAUUGCUUUACAGACAAUCACAUUGUCAAUGAAAGACUAAACUGUGCAAUCAUUGUAAGUAGGAACCUGCUACCAAGUACUAUGAUUUCUUACUCAUCUUAGGUUUAAGGUGGAAUGAGGUGUUAUUCUUAGUUUUUCACAAGAUUAUUUUCUUGUCCCUUAUAUUUAUGUAGGAAUUAGAAGUGUGUAAAACAUUCAGCUCAAACUUCCGGUGCACUUGGAAUCAUUCUCGAUUUGAGUUUGACUCAUGUUCAGGAACCAAUAGGGGUUUGCACAAUCUUUGUUUAUCUCAAUGAACUUUAAUAAAAAAACAGAUAUGAGGUUCUUGCUUUGAUCAAAAUCUUUGAUACGGCUGUUGUCCUGUGCAUUUCAAGUUUGAACUGUGCUUGCAGAGAAAGGUCAUGUAGUAUCUUCAAAUAUGGCUACUAAUCUCACUUCCUGUGAAAAAUAAAUCUAUGUGAAUGUGCACAAACAUGUCAAACCAAAAUCUUGCCCAUGGGUUUAUAAUUCAAUUCGACCAUGGGAAAUGGGAUUCAUUCUAACCCAAACCUUUCUGAACUCCAGGGCCUGCUAACCAGUUCUGAUGUUUAAAAUAAUGCCAAUCCAAAUUGAAUUUGGAAGGAUUUGCAUAGCUAGACUAGGAAUCAGUUUCUGGAAAUACUAUUUUUUUUUAUUUGUGUUGAAAAUAAACAAAAGAACAACCAAAACACUCAAGUCCUAAUAGCUUUUAAUUUUGUAUAAUUGCUUUAUAAAUGAAAUAUUUCUGCACAAUGUAGAAAUCUUUAAGCCUUCAAGCAGAUGGCAUGUUGCAGAGGGUGACUUUGCACUAAAACUUUUGAUUCCAUUUGUGAUAAAAUAGAUAAUUUCCUGAGUUUAAAGAAGCAACCAAUAUAUAGUAAAAGCUGUGUUAUCCAGCCCUGUACCAACCAGAAAGCUCUAUAAACUGGCAUUUCUAAUCUUCAUAGAAAGUCCGGUUUAUAGUCUGGUUGGCACAGGGCUGACAGGCUCCUUACCUGGCUCCCUGUGGCUCCCCGGAAGCGAUGACCUGUCCCUGCUGCUCUUAGGCGGAGGUGUGUCUAGACAACUCUGUAUGUUGCCUCUGUCCAUGCCCCCUCCCUCCCCUCACCUCCCAUUGGCCGCGGUUUCUGGCCAAUGGGAGCUGCAGAGCCAGUGCUGGGGGCCAUGUGCAGAGCCACCUAGCUGCGCCUCCACCUAGGAACAGCAGGGACAGGUUGCUGCUGGCGGGGAGGCACCCGAGGUGAGCGCCCCUUGGAUCCAGUACCCCACACCCUCAUGUGUCCCAACCUGCCCUGAGCCCCUUCCCGCACCCAAACUCUCAGAGCCCACACUCCCUCCAUGCCCCAACGCCCAGCCCUGCACCCAAACUCUUUCCCUCUUAGUUAACCCGAAUUUUUCACUUACUGGCACCCCCCCCCCACCCCCAGCAUGCCGGAUGAAAAAGCUUUUACUGUACAAGGAAUAAUCUGUGUUAUUGUAACGUGCAUUUCAUACUUCUUUGAAACAAAACCAACAAUGUCUUUAAGGCUGUUCUCAUCGUUUUUAAAUUAAUCUGUGCAUUUCAACCAAUUUGUUCUUUAUGUUUGGAAUGACAGUAUAGUAUUGAGGGUAUACUGAAAACAUUAAAUUGCUUUAGCCAGACUAGAACUGAUAAAAUGUUUUCUUAUUGUCUGAUACUGAUUCUUUAUGUUGCAAUGAAUCAGAUACUAACAAUUUUGUUACAUGGACUGUAUGUCAGGUCUAAUGGUUUAUUUGUAAACAUGCAACACAAAAAAGCAAAAGGAAAUGAUGUUCUUUACCACUGAAAUAAGAAAGAGUAGGAAUUUUACAUCAGGUCUGCUGCUGUUGGCUGAUACUGUAACAAUAGUACAGCAUGUAUAACUUUUAAGAAAGAGGCAUCAUUUGAGCCACUUUAUUUCUUUUGACUAGAAAAGACUGGGGCUGAUCAUGAGAAGUGCUGGGUAUCUCCUUCAAAGCAUUGAAACCCAAAUUUUUAAAGGUAUUUAGACAUUGUUCUGCUCAGCAUUUUAAGUCUUAAGGAUAUUAGGCAACUAAUGGGAUUUUCAGAAGCACCUAAGCAUCGAACUCCUAUGGUAAGUAGGCACCUAAAUACCUUUGAGGAACUAGGCCUUCCAGUGCUGUGCAGAGCAAUGUCUAAAUACCUUUUAGAUCUAGGCCUAAAUGCCCUCAACUGUUGUUGGCUUCAAGAGGAAUUAAAGGUGCUCAGCAUCUCACAGGAUCAGGAUCAGGACCAUUGUUUCUUUUCCGGAAGACAGUUUCCCACAGCCUGAUGUUAGCUUUUUCAACUGUGAAUAAAGUUAGCUCUCUAUUUCUCUCUCUCCCAGAAUGCACUGCAUUCAUUGCACAUGCCCUGUUAAGGACACCUGCUCUGAUUUAUGAAAUCUUUGUACAUUGUUUACUUGUUUAAAAAUUUUAAGUUAAAUUUAAGUAUGUAGAAAUUAAUUUACAACUGUUGG